AAAGAGCAAUCACACAACAACUUGGCAAAUGUCAGCGGACCGCACCGACAGGGGAAUUGAGGCACAGACGGCCCAAAGGACACAGAUGAACAUUUACCUCAGAAACAGCAUCUUGUGAAUGUGAUAUUCUCUAAACGCCUAUAACAUAAGCGUUUAGGCUAUAUUGUUCAUGACCUCGAUAUAUGACGUGCUUUGCUUUCACCCUUUUAGCUGCCUUUAGCCCCAGACGCCAAAGCGUCCCGUCUCUAAUAUAACUGGCUGAUGAACAUUGCCCAUCCCUGAGGCACAACUCGGGGAAGGCAAAAUAUUUAUAUAGAGGCGGGACGACAUCAUCCGCGGCACACUCACUCAUUCACGUAAGAGGAGCCAGCGAGGUCCUUUCAGGAGGAGUAGUCGACUGUACUAUAGCCACAGCAUUUGGAACUUGGAAGAACGGGGAACAAGUUUAUUGACACAAAACUUUUUUUGGCGAUCAACAUGAAUUCUCCCGUCGCUCUUCAAUGCACGUUAUGUAUUGCUCUGAGCCUAAUAUUUGGAAAGUAUCCCGUUGAUGCUGGGAUGUGCUGGCUGCAGCAGAACCAGGAGCAGCGUUGUGACAUGGUACUCAUGAGGGGGGUCACCCGUGAAGAGUGCUGCGCCAGCGGCCGUCUGGACACUGCUUGGUCCAACACCACCCUCCCCAUGAACGAGGUCAGCCUGCUUGGAUUCCUGGGAAUUGUAUCCUGCAAACCAUGCAAAGACAACUGUGAAGGAGUCAAGUGUGGCCCUGGGAAAGUCUGCAAGAUGAAGGCUGAUCGGCCCCAGUGCGUGUGCUCCCCGGACUGCUCCGUCAUCACUGAGAAGCAUGCGGUCUGCGGCAGCGACGGCACCACCUACAGAGAUGAGUGCGCUCUGCUAGUGGCCCGAUGCAGGGGGCGCCCCGAACUGGAGAUCAUGUACCAGGGGGAAUGCAAAAAGUCCUGCUCCAAUGUGGUGUGCCCGGGCACGCACACCUGCGUGACUGACCAGACCAACAGUGCCCACUGCGUCACGUGCCGCACCGCGCCCUGCCCAAUUCCCAUGAUGUCCGAGUCGCCCAUCUGUGGCAACGACAACAUCACCUACGCCAGCACGUGCCACCUGCGCCGGGCCACCUGCUUCCGCGGCCGAUCCAUAGGUGUCCGCCACUACGGCCACUGCUUAAGUGCAGAGGGGAGCGAGGAGAAUUCCCUCGACUAGCGUCUCAAAACAUUCGGGCGUGAAAGUGAUAAAAUUCCCUGAGCGCUUGCCUGGAUUGCCUGCCCUCCAAGUUCCCAGACAAGACUUAAUGUCCCUCUCCUGUUAGUCCCUUCACUAGCUUCAGUCUUUUGACAAUACAUGGGAAUGUGGAGUCCACGGGAAGAGCAAGUCUUCUUGAAAACAAGGAGCCACUGACAUGUUGAUGCAUGCCGUAUCUAUCACAUGAGACAUUUUUGAAUUGUUUCGUUACUUUUUUUUUGUUUGAUGUUGCUGGAAUUGUCCAUUUUGGAGAUAGGCUAUUGGUGAUAUAUCACAUUGGGGGUUAUGCUAUGGGCAAGAUGUGUAUAUUGUAAAUACAAUACCUCUACUAUUUAUUGGAGAAGAAAUAUAAAAGACUUAUUUAUACCUCUGUCAUCUAGAAGUCCUAUACCCAUAGACCAGGCACCGUUUCAAGUGUAUUUAUUGAGGUAUUGUCUGGCGAUUUGUGGGCUACGCAGUUUGUGGUACUGGUAGAACUUUCAAUGAAAUUUUUUUCAUUUUGCUGUGGGUUAUUUAAAUGACUGUGUGGGGCCUGGUUUAGGUAGCCGUUCUGGAAUCUUAAUCACAGAAUUGUAGAGUGUAGACCGAAGCAAAACAGAGCAGCGUGACUUGUUCUUCCUCUGCCCGGCAUUGGAGGUGAGUGGAGUUGCCGCCAAGACAUGCAGUUUACUGCUCUGCAUGAGCCUUUGCGUGUGUGUAACACAUCGAGGUCUGGAAAAUUUAAUCACCCACCAAUCAAUAAAAUUACCAGCAGGAUGCUAAUCGACCUGACUUCAAAAUAUUGAAGGCAAAGAGUUUUUAAGGAUAUUAACCUUUUUCUCAGCUACUUUUGUUGAGUCAUGCUGAGUUAGGAAUGUGUUUAUUCUUGUUGCUUCUUUCGCACAUUCUGUGUUAGUUGGCUGUCAGGUCAUGGAAAAACUGUUACGAUCUUCAAAACAAUGCAUUAAUUGAUUUGGGAACAUUCCAUGUUGCAGUUGUUAAAAGUUCAGUUGUUUUAUUUUUUAGCUCUUUGUACUGCAAUCACAUUUUGUUGUGCAAGCGAGCUCCUUCCACAAAUCCUGCGUAUAAAUAUCUACUGUGAAAAUUUAUGGAAAUUUGUAUCAAGUUAUUUUUGUAUUUUUUUACUGGUGUUUGGAAAUAAAACUUAAAAGAAUA